AACUUUUCUAUAUAUUAACGACUCCAUAGUCAACAUUGAGCAUCACAUGUUCAUCAUCAUGGCUUACACAUCUUCUUCUCUUGCAUCUUUUAGCUCCACAACUCAUUUCUUUGGCUCAAAUUUCGUGGGCAAUGAAGCUCAUUCCCAUCCCGUGUCUGUCAAAUUCCGCCCACUUCGUGUAUCAGCUGCUUGUGCAACAACGGCAGAGAGAACAGCGCCUCAAUACAUUGCGUCACCAGCGGCUUCACUUUAUGAAGUUCUGGGGAUUCAAAUGGGUGCCACAUGUCAGGAAAUCAAGACUGCUUACCGGAAGUUGGCAAGAGUUUUACACCCAGAUGUAGCAGCUAACCGUCAAAAGGAGUAUACAGCUUAUGACUUCAUGAAGGUACAUGAAGCAUAUGAAACUCUUUCUGAUCCAGAGAAGCGAGCAGAUUACGACCGCUCCUUAUUCAAGCGUAGAAACCCAGUAAGUUCUCCUUUUGCAAUGUCAGGAGGGGCAACUACAAUGGCCACCUCUUCGAAUGCAAGAUUUUCCGGCUAUACACGGCGGUCUUGGGAAACUGAUCAAUGCUGGUAGGAAAUAGCUGCAAAAUGGGCGGCGUUAGUUACUUAGGAUGAGAGUUUUAAAAAUAUAUAUUGUAAAAGCAUUACCCUUGUUCUUGUUUAUAGGGAAUGCUGAAUAGUGCCUGUAAAUAUCUAUGAUUGAAAUUGAAACUUAAACCAGGCGACAUUUUUAUAGUCUGGAUUUAAUGAAAAUUUCAAUACCUCUAUCCAGUUCCUUGAAUUUUCUCUUCUUUGAUUGUUGAAUGACAUCUGUAAUCCCCAGAUUCAAUGCAUGAUUUCUUUUAUUUGUUUUCAA